AAUUAGUGAUCAAUUUGAUGGAUGUUUACUAAUGCAAUGAUAGGAGGUGGAAUCUCAAACGGGAUUUAUUGGAAUGAUGCAAUCGUUGAGACGUUUCAGUAGCUACGCAAAUGGUCCGUGUGGAUUCCACGAAGACCACAGACUUCUAAUCAUUUUUGGUUCCAACCACUAAUUCUUUUAGUAAUCUUUUAAUAUGAAGACAUUCCAAGAAUGACCGUUCGUGGUUCUCAUUUCUUAUGAAAGAGGAAUGAAUCAUAAUUUAAAAUCCUGAAAAGAAAUGUCGUCAUAAUUAAUCGACUGAGAAGCGUCUCACAAUCGAACGUAAUUUAAUUAGCAGUUGCCAAUUUUCAAGUCUAUCGAGCACAAAUCAAAUGAAUUUCGACCGCAUGAUUGUGGGUGGUUUUGAUUUAAUUAAUGAUGUAAACAUUUUUUUGCGCAUCAACAAAGUCUUUGACUGUUUGCAGUGCAAGCUGUGCACAAUAAGGUGCAUCAAAUUUUCACUUUGUCAUUAUAUGUAUUCAAAUGGAAUUUCAAUAUCGAUCAGAAUAAUUUCUGUUUCCUCAGAACUAAUAAAGCAGAACGUUUGAUCCCAUUCACAAUCACUACACGUUUCUAUUGUUGACUCUUUUAAAAUUGUUUUCUUCAGCAAAUAUUUUCACAGCUUUACUUCGGCAUGAAUAAACAUUUGAAGAAAAAGAAAAUAUCAUUUCUUGAAUGAAUGGAUUUUUCUAUGCGCAUAGUAACCAUUAGAAUAUAGCCACCUUAUUAUCAUUGUUACCUUAUUUACCUUAUUCACCACAUUAAUUCCGUUUGAAAUGGGAAAUUGUUGAAAAUUGUUGUAAAUUGGACGAUUUCGCUAAGUGAUUUAAAUUAAUAAGUUAAGAUGUUUUAUACGUGAUUCAAGGACCGAAUCCGCACCUGAAAGUCGUAAUCAUGACAAUAUGACACCAUCUGCAAUGGCGCAGCAAAACAGUUUUUUUUUUUCGGACAAAAGAGAACGGCAAUAAUAUAGUCGAUCAGACGUAACAAUUCUUCAUCGAUAUUGUUGUUUCCUUUGUGCUUUACUCCGCUUAAUUAGUUACACAAACAAGUAAACCGUACUUAAAUGGUGGGUAACGCUCACAGUCCCAACACUCGCAAAGCAAUCUCGGUCGAAGUGAGCAGACACAGCGAACGUUGCUCGUUUCCGUUGCUUUUUUCUAUCAGUGUAUUUACUUUUACAAGUUUAGAAAAAAGAAAUCAGAAAACCGACACUUUUCACUAACCCGAUAUCGCUUCAGUUGUUCUUUGUCAGUCGUACCGAAUUGUAGACUCAAACCUGUGUGCUUCGUUCCUGUUUUAAUUGUUAAAAGUGCUAGAAAGUUUAUUGUUGCAUUCUUUUUUAGUUGUUGUUGCACGAUAAUGCGUGUUUUGAAGUGAUCGCUGCGCAAGGCUAUCCUUUGAUUUAUGAUACUCAUCACAUUUUCCGUUGAACAAAAAAAAAAUCUAAUCGCACUAAAUGAGAUUUGAAAUCGAGAAAAAAGAACUCAAGAGAAUUACAAAACAAAGAGAAAAAUCUGUGGAAAUAAAUCGAAAUUUUCAUCUUGAAAAUAUAGGCGGAUUCAGGCUGGAGGUCUGGUAAUAGUGAAUGUGAUCUACUGAAUACCGACCAACAAGCAUCGUCUUCAACUCAAUGCCCAAUCGGAAUCGAAAAUCUUCAAAAUCAUCGGCCAACUGCUAAUCGAAAUUCGAUGGAAAAUCUAAAUUGUAAAAUCGAGAAUGCGGACAUAAUCGGUCGCAUCAAUGGUGAUUUCGGAAAAUGGCAACUGCGAACCGUGCUAUUGAUUUUCCUGUGCAAAAUACCAUCGGCUUGGUUUAUGGCUUGCAUCAUUUUUACAGCACCAGCACCAAGAGAUGGAGAGUUUUUUUGUCAUCCAUCGUCAAAAGUUCUGAAUACACGGACACAAGAAAAAUUUGAACGAAUGCUCGACUUCAACAAGACUGCAUGGGUUCGGAUGCUGCAUCCAGUUCAAAUCGAUGGGGGUGGAUUUGAAAAAAUCGAUUUUUGCAACAUUUAUUCCGAUAGUCAUCAAGUGUCCGAACAAUACUUUCACUCAAUUUCGCAGAUUACAGAAGAUUGGAAUACACCUGAGCGAAAUGACAGUGAAAUUGUGCCGUGUGAUCGAUUUUAUCAUCAUACCGAUUAUGUGUCGCUUGUAACCGAUUACAAUUUGGUUUGUUCGAAAGAUAUUUUGAUUUCAAGCACUCAAUCCUUUCACCUAUUUGGUGUUCUAACGGGAGGAUUGGUCGCCACGUACUUAUUAAAGCACUUUAGUCCAAAAAGUGUCAUGCUCUUUGGAAUGAUCACUCAAAUUUUUUGCGGCAAUAUGACCGGUUUGGUGAACACAUACGAAUUGCAUGUCUUUUUCCGAUGUCUUUCGGCUAUAUGCUGCUGCCAGAUGUAUACUGCGGGUUCUAUGAUAUUUUCUGACAUAACAUCUGGAAAGCCAAAAACAAUCGUAACAACACUGUUUGAAUCAUUUUGGUCCGUUGGGGUGAUUCUCCUGCCGGUUUUAGCCCGUUUCGUUCAAAGCUGGUCUCACCUUUAUAUGGCGAUAUCAUGGCCUACCAUAGUUUUAAUCAUUCUGUGGAGAUGGAUUCCAAAUUCCCCUCGUUGGCUGGUCGCACGCGGUAGAAUAGAUGAAGCAAGAGAUAUCUUGAUUGAAUCGGCAAUCGUGAACGAUCGUAAGCAUGUUUUACCAUCAAAUUUGGAGUAUUUGCUGAGACAACAAGCGUACAAUAUGCAAAAUGAACCACCGCCGGCUGGAUGGUGGACGCUUUGGAAGGGGCCAAAAGCAAUUCGACACAUGAUUUGUGUUCACAUUUGUUGGUCAAUCUACAUCAUCACUUAUUACGGAAUGCUACUGAACAUUCGGGCCUACAGUCGAGAGCAUUUAGAGAUUAACACGAUGAUCGCAGGUUUAUGUGAAAUUCUUGGUGUGUUCUGUGGCCUUCUUCUAAUUCUGUACACAAGACGAAAGUGGCUGUACACUGGAUUAUUCAAUGUCAUCGCAGGAUUAAUUGCGUAUAGCGCAUGGCUGAUUCCUUUGGAUAUGGAAACAGACUUGAGAGUAGUCCUAUUGAUGUGCUCAUCGAUGGUUUCCAAGAUUGCCAUCUCUUCAACGCUAUCCAUUUUAACAACAUGCACCACUGAAUUGGUUGGUAGCGAGAAAAAGAAAAUCUGUGGAUUUUCAACGAUUGUCUACGCGAGAAUGUGGUUACUUGGUGGUCCAUUCAUCGGUGCAACAAUCGUUUAUGGUCAAUUAAUUCCACAAACCGCAUUCUCAACAAUGUCCAUAAUCGGUGGAGUUAUAAGCACAUUAAUAAGUAGUCCUCGUACCAUAGCCACAUCCGUCAAACAUUCAAAUCUUCCAAAAGAAAUUUAUCCAGAGAUUUACACAAUUAAAAAUUUUGAUAGUCUAAAUACUGGCGACAAAUGUAAAGUAUAAGUGAUGAUUUUCGGUUCAUAUGCCGAUUGUGUUACGAUGAAACCAAAGUUUGUUACAAACGUACAAAUGUUUCUCCAGCACCAGCUCUCACCAGCGAUAAUGGUUGAGAAUAUGAGCUGAGUCGUUCGACAUUUGCUCCGUUGUGAGCCUACGAAGCGAAUUGUGAAUUGUACAUGUUUCUCGGAUUAUUUAUAAAUGGAUUAUAAGAAGUUAUCUAAUUCUUAUCGGCCGCAAUACCUUAAGCACGACGUACGAAAACGAUAACGGAUUUCGUACAGUUCGUCGAAAUACUUAUCUGAAUCUUUUUUUUAUGAAGAGAAAAUACCGAACCUAUUAUAGAGUCUAAAUUCCAUAUCGAUAGAAUUUCAUUUCUCUAAGAAUAGUCCGAGAAUAUGAAGUUGCCCAAAAUUUCCCUUUAUUUGCAUUCCGAUUGCGAAACAAGAAUUUAAAGCGUGAUUGACAAUUUUAUGGGGGUUUUUGUGGCAAAAUAUGAAAUUAGUUCUGAUUUGGAAUCUCCAUUCUACCGCACUAUUUAUUUUCAUGAAAAAUGUGAAAUGUGAUAAUCAUUCAGAUAUAAGGGAAUUUCAAUAAAAUAUAUGACAAAGUUUUAUUUCUAAAUAGAAGUUGUGUAUUUAGUAGUUUGGGCAUAAUAUGGAAAAAUAGAUUCCAACCUCUCCUCUACUUCGAAAAAAAAAAUCCAAUUUUCCAAGAUCCUGGGUUUCUUGACGUUUUUUUGCCAAUUUUCCGAAUUUUCGAACAGAUGGGCCUGGCGACCUCCAAUCAACACCCCAGAUAUUAAAAUUAGCCAAAACGCAAAAACAGUUAGAUUAGAUUUUGAGAUAAACCACAUUUCCUCUUUAGAAAUCUUCGAAAAUUCCGUAUCUGAAUGGCUCCAGGUGGGGAAAAUCCAAGUGUUGUGUUUUCGCAACGCGGGGCCAAAUGAGUUAAUGAUUUUCCAUAGUACUAAAAGGCCUGAAAAGUGCACAGAGAAAACUGAGUUGAUUUUUACGUAGCAAAAUAUUUGAAAAUGUCAAAUUCCAACACAUGUUGAGUUUUUCGCAACGAAUAUUCUUUCCAUAUUGAUUCAAGUAUUUGUCACAUUUGACACCAGCAUACAUCGUGUCUAAUGAAAAUUGGCGUCUAAUUUGAAAAUAUGGAUAGUAAUAUGGAUUUUCAGUUGAAACCGUACUAUAAUUCGGAAAUAAAGAAUUUAGUGCUAUGCAAAAAUUCAUUGCGAUCGAACGACGUUAAUAUAUUUUUCUGCUCCGUGGAAACAUUUUUUGUGUGGUUUCGUCUUACUGACCCUUGCCCAUGUACGUAUUAUUAUGUAUCUAUACAUUUGCUGUGAAUAAUGAAUGAAUAAAAUGUGUCAUCAAAUAUUUGAUUCAAUAAAUUGAAUUAAUAAACUAAACACCAUAAAAAUGUUGCAAA